UCCAGCCAUCCGGUAUGAUGGCGACUUUGCUUUGUCUCCAGUGAACAGGCUUGCAUCAAUAGUCGAUAUAUAUUUUUCUUCUCUCUAAAAUUAACAGUAUUUUAUCUCCGGGACGACGUGCCAAGAACUACACGUGUCUCAGUCGUUCAAGAAAUGACUACAGAGUACAGAAGGUAAAAUGAGUAAGGCCUCAGCUGAAUCUAUAGACCAAGUGAUGGAGGAGGAAGUAGGUCAGCUUCCGAUUACAGACCAGAUGGAGGAGGAGGAGGAGGAGGAGGCUGGGAGCUCAACAGAGACUGAGAGACCCUCCUCUUCUCACACCAAGAGGAAGCCUUCUGUUGCAGCCAAGCAAGUUGGAGGGAAUGAGUCAGACACCUCGGACGAGAGUGGACAGGACGAUGGCGCCUCAGAUGGGACGUUGGUUGUGCGGCCUCCUGCUGGGACUGACAACAAGGAGGACAAGAGCAGAGGAGCCAUGAAGCUCCGAGUGGACCUCUCACGGAGAAAGACCGGUAAAAUGAGUAAGGCCUCAGCUGAAUCUACAGACCAAGUGAUGGAGGAGGAAGUAGGUCAGCUUCCGAUUACAGACCAGAUGGAGGAGGAGGAGGAGGAGGCUGGGAGCUCAACAGAGACUGAGAGACCCUCCUCUUCUCACACCAAGAGGAAGCCUUCUGUUGCAGCCAAGCAAGUUGGAGGGAAUGAGUCAGACACCUCGGACGAGAGUGGACAGGACGAUGGCGCCUCAGAUGGGACGUUGGUUGUGCCGCCUCCUGCUGGGACUGACAACAAGGAGGACAAGAGCAGAGGAGCCAUGAAGCUCCGAGUGGACCUCUCACGGAGAAAGACCGGUAAAAUGAGUAAGGCCUCAGCUGAAUCUACAGACCAAGUGAUGGAGGAGGAAGUAGGUCAGCUUCCGAUUACAGACCAGAUGGAGGAGGAGGAGGAGGCUGGGAGCUCAACAGAGACUGAGAGACCCUCCUCUUCUCACACCAAGAGGAAGCCUUCUGUUGCAGCCAAGCAAGUUGGAGGGAAUGAGUCAGACACCUCGGACGAGAGUGGACAGGACGAUGGCGCCUCAGAUGGGACGUUGGUUGUGCGGCCUCCUGCUGGGACUGACAACAAGGAGGACAAGAGCAGAGGAGCCAUGAAGCUCCGACUGGACCUCUCACGGAGAAAGACAGCAGAUACCACUUUGCAGGAGAGGAUAGACUGCACCGCCUGUGGACAGCAGGUCAACCACUUCCAGCGCCACUCGGUGUUUGAGCACCCGAUGCUCCAUGUGCUCCUCUGCAAGUCGUGUUAUAAGUAUUACACCAGCGAUGACAUCAAUAAAGACGAGGACGGCAUGGACGAACAGUGCAGGUGGUGUGCUGAAGGUGGCAACCUGAUCUGCUGUGACUACUGCCACAACGCCUUCUGUAAGAAGUGUAUCCUGCGUAACCUGGGGCGCAAGGAGCUGUCCAUGAUCACCGACGAGGACAGUAAAUGGUCCUGCUAUAUCUGCAGCCCUCAGCCUCUCUCAGACAUCGCCUCCAACUGCUCCAACAUCUUGACCAAGCUGGAGAGCUUCUGGCGCACGGGACGCAAGAAAGAGAGGGAGGAGAAAGAGAGGAAGGAGGUGAAAGGGCACAGUAAGGGUAAAGGUCACCACCACCAUGGUAAAGCUGUGGUGAACGGUAAGGAACAUUCAGACGGGUCAGGGACCCUCACCUUCUCCUAUAAGACCCUGAAAGUCCCCAAGGAGCUGGUGAAGAGGACCAAGAAGCUGAUUGAGACGACCACAGGGCUCAACAACACCUUCAUCCAUUUCAUCCAGCAGGCUGAGGAGGAGCAGGGAGCAGGAGGAGGAGGCAGCGGGACCAGACACAGACACCUCAAGGCCUUCAGGUCUGUUCUGGCUGAUCUGAAGAAGGCCCAUGCUGCUCUAGAGAAAGACUUGGAGUCACAGUUCACUUCCCAGGACCAGGGGAUGCAGAACGGGGAUGCUGUUUCCAACAACGACGGCCAUGACGGUCACGAUCAGAUAGACAAUGGGCAAGAGGCAGAAGAGGACAAAAUGGCCGACACUGAGGAUGGGGAGGAGGAUGGGGGUGUGUCAGAGGACACAGAGAUGGAGGGGAGCCCCACCCCCACGCCUCAGGACCACUCACAGACAGGCAGCCAGGAUAAAGACCAGACCGUGGUGAAAAUGGAGGAGGAGGAUGGAACAGAGGAGGAAGCUGACCGCGAUAAAGACAUUGUGUCCGUCGGUCCGUCCGUCCCUGACGAGCUCUUCCAGAUGGUCAAGAGUUUAGCGGACUCCACCGGGUUAACACCCGGUAACGACACCACGGAACUCACAGCGGCUAGCCAAUCGGAGAACCCCGCUGCUGGUUCAACCAGGAAGUCACAUGACACCCAGAAGGAGAAGGCCAUGCCCAAGGUUAAGAACCUCAUCUUGAAGCUGACGCCUGUUCCCGUGGUUACCACACGCGCCUCCAGGUCUAAGAGUAAGGAUGGAGAGAAGGAGAGGAGUAAGGAUGGAGGGAAGGAGAGGAGUAAGGAUGGAGGGAAGGAGAGGAGUAAGGAUGGAGGGAAGGAGAAGAAGGAUGGAGGGAAGGAGAGGAGUAAGGAUGGAGGGAAGGAUGGAGGGAAGGAGAGGAGUAAGGAUGGAGGGAAGGAGAGGAAUAAGGAUGGAGGGAAGGAGAGGAGUAAGGAUGGAGGGAAGGAGAGGAGUAAGGAUGGAGGGAAGGAGAGGAGUAAGGAUGGAGGGAAGGAGAGGAGUAAGGAUGGAGGGAAGGAGAGGAGUAAGGAUGGAGGGAAGGAGAGGAGUAAGGAUGGAGGGAAGGAGAGGAGUAAGGAUGGAGGGAAGGAGAGGAGUAAGGAUGGAGGGAAGGAGAGGGAGAGGAGUAAGGAUGGAGGGAAGGAGAGGGAGAGGAGUAAGGAUGGAGGGAAGGAGAGGGGUAAGGAUGGAGGGAAGGAGAGGGGUAAGGACGGAGGGAAGGAGAGGGAGAGGGGUAAGGAUGGAGGGAAGGAGAGGGAGAGGGGUAAGGAUGGAGGGAAGGAGAGGGAGGGAGAUGGGGCCUCCGAGGAGGACAGCCGAUGCUCCAGUCGCACAAAGACCACACCCCUCAGGAAGUCACCGGAGGGGAAAAACAAGAUGUCCGUCUCUCAGGAGAACAUCGACUCAGAAGGCGAGCAGAAGAGCCCCAGCAAGCUGAAGAGGAGAACCAAGGGCAGCUCCGAGAAAGAACGGGGGAACGCUGAGGAGAAGGAGCGGAAAGAGAGCAAGGCCUCCUCCAUGGUAACCUCUGACCCUUCUAAACAGGACGUGGACUCAGAUUCUGAUGAGGUUCCAGACAUCCUGGUCCAGACUGCAGCGGCAGAACACAGCUCGGACGAGGAUGGUAACCAGGGCAACAAGCGCGUCAAGAAGUGCCUCUUCAAAGUGAGCAAGAAAGAGGAGGAGGAGCAGGUGGGAGAGGAGGAGGAGCAGGUGGGAGAGGAGGAGGAGCAGGUGGGAGAGGAGGAGGAGCAGGUGGGAGAGGAGCAGGAGCAGGUGGGAGAGGAGGAGGAGGAGAAGGUGGGAGAGGAGGAGGAGGAGCAGGUGGGAGAGGAGGAGGAGGAGCAGGUGGGAGAGGAGGAGGAGGAGCAGGUGGGAGAGGAGGAGGAGCAGGUGGGAGAGGAGGAUGGAGAGAAUGACAAGGAGAAGACGGACAAGAAGCCGGCGGCCAAACGCAAACUGAAAGCCGACGACUCCGACAACUCAGAGUCUGACUCCGAUGAAGACGCAAAGAAGAAAAAGAAGUCCUCCACGGCUUCUGACAAGAAGACAUCCAAGAAGAAGCAGAAGGUCUCGGACGGCUCCUCCAACUCGGACCUGGAGAAGGAGAUGAAGGGACUCAGCAAACUGGCGACGGGGAAACGGAGGAGCAGCCGUGUGAAGAAGGAAAGAGAGGAGAAGGAGAACAAGGGCGGAGAUCGGAGGCGGUCGUACGAACUGAAACGCAAAGCCAGAAGUAGAGGAGCCAAGCAGCAAGAUUCAUCGUCUGAUGACGAGGAGGAGGAGGAGGAGGAGGGAGGAGGGUCUGGUGAGGAGAGUGGAGACCAGCAGAAGAUUAAACCCAUCGUGGAGGAGACGGUGGUAGCAGGGAGGGAAACCUUCCACCAGUCCUCAGGAGAAGAAGGUAACCAUGACGAUUCUCAGAUGGCUGUUGAUGAUGACGAUGAUGAUCCAGAAAACAGGAUUGCCAAGAAGAUGCUGCUGGCCCAGAUCAAGGCCAACUACUCUUCAGGAGCAGAGGAGAGCUCUGACGAGGACGGAGAAGAGAAGGAACAGAGGAAGGAGGAGGAGGAGGAGGAUGAGGAAGAUGAUGGUGAGGAGGAAGAGGAGGAGGAAGGGGACUCUGGCUCUGACAUGGAUGUGAAGAAGAGUGGGGGGCGUCGCCACCGGCUGCUCCGCCACAAACUGACGCUGAGCGAGGGAGAGUCAGGAGAGGAGAAAGAGAAACCAGCCAGCAAGGGGAAGAAGGAGACCAAGAGGACCAGGCGGAAAGUGGGCAGUGAUGACUCAGCAGACUUAGACUCUGAGGAGUCGGCUAGCAGCAGUGAGUCAGGAGUUAGUGAGGAGAUCAGUGAGGAGGAGGAGGAGUCAGAGGAGGAGUCAGAGGAGGGCAGCAGUCGCAGGAGGACCACGCGCUCCUCCAAGAAGAAGAAGAAGAAGAAGGAGGAGAGGAGCUACGCCCAGAAGAAGAAACGCCGUCGCAUCAAGGUUCAGGACUCUUCAUCUGACGAGAAGAGCGGGUCAGGAGAGGACGGCUCGGGGAAGGAGGAUGGAGACACUCCUAAAGGACAGAGAAAGAAGAUCAGAAAAAUCCUCAAGGACGACAAGCUGAGGACGGAGACGAGGGAUGCCCUGAAGGAGGAGGAGGAGAGGAGGAGACGCAUCGCUGAGAGGGAACAGCUCAGGGAGAAACUCAGAGAGGUACUCGUGGUGGAGGAGGCGUCCGCCGUGGCUUGUCCAAUCACAACCAAGCUGGUGCUGGAUGAAGACGAGGAGACCAAGGAGCCCGUGGUGCAGGUUCACCGCAAUCUGGUCACUAAGCUCAAACCACACCAGGUCGACGGGGUCCAGUUCAUGUGGGACUGCUGUUGUGAGUCGGUGAAGAAAACCAACAAGAACUCUGGUUCUGGAUGUAUCCUGGCUCACUGUAUGGGUCUGGGAAAAACACUGCAGGUGGUAACCCUACUCCACACACUACUGCUCUGUGACAAGUUAGACUUCUCCACGGCUCUGAUCGUCUGUCCUCUCAACACCGUUCUCAACUGGCUCAACGAGUUUGAGAAGUGGCAGUACGGCUUCAAGGACGAGGAGAGUUUAGAGGUGACGGAGCUGGCCACGGUGAAGCGUCCUCAGGAGAGAGCGUCUGCUCUGCAGCAGUGGCAGGAGGACGGAGGAAUCAUGAUCAUUGGCUAUGAGAUGUACCGUAACCUCACACAGGGUAGAAACAUCAAGAGCAAGAAACUCAAAGAGACCUUCCAGAAGACCCUGGUUGACCCAGGCCCAGACUUUGUGAUCUGUGAUGAGGGCCACAUCUUGAAGAACGAGGCGUCGGCCAUCUCUAAAGCCAUGAACUCCAUCAAGACCCGACGGAGAGUGGUGCUCACCGGCACUCCGCUGCAGAACAACCUCAUAGAGUACCACUGCAUGGUGAACUUCAUCAAGGAGAACCUGCUGGGGUCAGUGAAGGAGUUCAGGAACCGCUUCGUCAACCCCAUCCAGAACGGGCAGGCAGCGGACUCCACGGACCAGGAUGUACGGAUCAUGAAGAAGAGGGCUCACAUCCUCUACGAGAUGCUCAAUGGAUGUGUUCAGAGAAGAGACUACUCUGCCCUGACCAAGUUCCUGCCUCCUAAACAUGAGUAUGUUGUGUCCGUCAGAGUCACGCCCAUCCAGUGUACUCUAUACCGACACUACCUGGAGCACUUAACAGGUGCGGGGAGCGUGGUGGAGGGGGGUCGAGGCCGAGCUGGGACCAAACUGUUCCAGGACUUCCAGAUGCUCAGCAGAAUCUGGACCCAUCCCUGGUGCCUGCAGCUGGACUACAUCAGCAAGGAAAACAAGGGGUACUUUGACGAGGACAGCAUGGACGAGUUCAUCGCCUCGGAGACCGAGGAGUCUUCCAUGAGCAUGACCUCUGAAGACGAGAAACAGAAAAAGAAGAAGAAGCGGGGGAAGGCCAGGAAGAAGGACAGUGACUCAGACAGUGACGCUCUCGAGGUGAUUAAGGAGUGGAACACCAGCUCCCGAGGGGGAGACCCCUCCAGCCGCAACCGGGCGGAGCCACAGGAGGAAGUGCGCCCAGCUUCCAGCCCUGGCACCAGGAGUCCUGACUGGCACAAGGAGUUUGUUACGGAGGCCGACUCUGAGAUCCUGGAGCAUUCUGGGAAGAUGGUGCUGCUGUUUGAGAUCCUCCGUAUGGCCGAGGAGGUGGAGGACAAAGUUCUGGUGUUCAGUCAGUCUCUGAUCUCUCUGGACCUGAUUGAAGACUUCCUGGAGCUGGCUGGCCGAGCCAAAGAGGAGGAGAAACAGUCUCCUUACAAAGGUGAGGGGAAGUGGUUCCGGAACAUAGACUACUACCGCUUGGACGGCUCCACCAACGCCCUGAACCGGAAGAAGUGGGCAGAGGAGUUCAAUGACUACAGCAACGUCAGAGGUCGAUUGUUCCUGAUCUCGACCAGGGCUGGUUCUCUGGGCAUCAACCUGAUAGGAGCUAACAGGGUCAUCAUCUUCGACGCGUCCUGGAACCCGUCGUACGACAUCCAGAGUAUCUUCAGGCUCUACCGCUUCGGACAGCUCAAGACCUGCUAUGUCUACCGCUUCCUGGCUCAGGGUACUAUGGAAGAGAAGAUCUAUGACCGCCAGGUGGCUAAACAGUCUCUGUCCUUCCGAGUGGUGGACCAACAGCAGAUAGAGAGACAUUUCACCAUGAAUGAGCUGACGGAGCUCUACGCCUUUGAACCUGACCUUCUGGAUGAUCCCACUGGCAAGAAGAGCAAGAGGACCACGCCAAUGCUGCCAAAGGUCCCCCUGUUGGCCGAAUUUCUUCACAAUAGGAAGGAACAGAUUGUGGGCUAUCAUGAACAUGACUCCCUGCUGGAUCACAAGGAAGAGGAGGCUCUCAGCGAGGAGGACCGCAAAGCAGCCUGGGCCGAGUACGAGGCGGAGAAGAAGGGUCUGUCUCUGCGUGUGAACCAUGGAGCGUACGGAGGACAGAUGGACAUGGGAGGAGCUAACAGCUACUUCCCCUUCAACGUUGCCGCACUGGCCUCUAUGUCCAACCCUCAGCUGGAGGAGUUGAUCAACCAGGGCCGUCAGAAGGUGAUGGAGGCCACCAACGCUCUCAAAUUCCUCCCCAGAGAAUCUCUAGAGGACACCAUCGGGAGAGUGUGGAAGGAGAACCCAGCCCUAACCGAGUCCCAGGUCCAGGCCAUGGCUCUGGGGAGACAGGCCAGUGUAGAGAUGGAGCUCAAACGAAGAGAAGCUGUCUACAGAGACGUCCUCAAUAAGCAACAGACUCUAAUGAUGUACGUUCAGAAGGUGAUCACCAACAGGAAGGUGAGAGAGCAGCAGAUGGCCAUGGCCAACCAGGCCCAGCUGAUGAGCCAGAUGAACGGCAUGCUGGGAGCUGGAGGGAUGAGCCAGAUGGAACUCUUGGGGUUGUACCAACAGCUGGGGGCACUACAGGGUCAUCCCACCCACCCUUCCAUGGGCGGCAAGAACCCCGGCCCCUCCAAGGGCAACCUGUAAGGGGAGGGGGACCACAGGGCUUGCUCCACAUAGUCCCCUAUCUAUUCUCUACAUAGUGCACUAUCCACUUCAUAUUGGCUCUGGUCAAAAGUAGUGCACUAUUUAGGCAAUAGGGUAUCAUUUGGGACUCAGACCCACUCACUGCCCCCUCACUGUCUCACUCAGUAGGCUGCUCCCUAAUGCUGCUCUGUCUCCUACGUAGUGCACUAGAUGGAGCCCGGAGCCCUAGGGUUUUGGUUAGAAGUAGUGCACUAUGUAGGGGAUAGGGGUGGGAUCUGGGCCGUUGCCCGCUGUCUUACAACCCUCCUUCACUGGGGAGGUGAGAGACGACACAGAGAGAAGGGUCUCGGAGCCCCUCACCGCUCCCCUCCAGCUCUCCUGAAGCAGGAAAUGACAUGACUUGUAUAGGGGACUAUAUGAAGGCGUUUUAGAAAUGUCAUUUGAGAUUCUGUACAUACCGCCUAAAUGUUAUUCAACUUCUCUUCUGUCUUCAGUUUUCAUGUAUUUAAAAUAGCGUAAGGAAAGGGAAAUGUUUUUGUCCCAAUGCUUUUACGUUAUUCUUUCCCCUUAAAGAAGGGGGUUGUUUAAUGAAUUGAUUAUUCUGUAUGUUGUGUUUUGAUACCGUUUUAAUGAAUGCCUGUCUAUCUAACCAACCCCCAGAGUGGGACCACCGUGCUGACAGGACUGUUUUAGGAUAUUAAACAUCUAGAUUAUUAGAUCCCCUAUAGAACCCUCCCUCUACCGAGACACACGCAGGCAGACAGACACGCAGGCAGACAGACACGCAGGCAGACAGACACGCAGGCAGACAGACACGCAGGCAGACAGACACGCAGGCAGACAGACACGCAGGCAGGCAGACAGACACGCAGGCAGGCAGACAGACACGCAGGCAGGCAGACAGACACGCAGGCAGACAGACACGCAGGCAGACAGACACGCAGGCAGACAGACACGCAGGCAGGCAGACAGACAGACAGGCAGACAGACAGACACGCAGGCAGACAGACACGCAGGCAGACGCAGACAGACACACGCAGACAGACACACGCAGGCAGACACACGCAGGCAGACAGACAGACAGACACACGCAGACAGACAGACAGACACACGCAGACAGACAGACAGACACACGCAGACAGACAGACAGACAGACAGACACACGCAGGCAGACAGACGUGCUGGUGUUGUAAAACUCUUUUUGGGAGAUUCUGAUGCAUAGCCAUGACAAAACAAAAUGAGGGCAUUAAUUCCAUUUCCUAAAGUUUUGUGUAAAUUAAAUUUGAGAAUGAUUUUUCUAGCUUGUAGCCCUUAAUAUUUCCACUAUUUGUCUCAUGGUUAUUAUAAUGGUAAUAUGGAAUGCUCUCGUGACGUUUUAAACAAACUGUCCCUCUCCCCUCACUCACUUCCCCGGGACUCUCUCUCUCUUUGUAAAGCUCAUGCUCUUGUUGUCAAGUUGUUGCCUAGCGUAGCUCCAUAUCCCAGGGUGCUGUUCAUCCUUCUCUUUCUGUUCCACUUGUUGCAUCCUAAUCCAACCCUGGUACGGGACGGGGUCGACAGGUGGACAGGAGGUUGUCUGACCUGGUGGACAGGGUUCCUCCGUUCUGAAAUGUCUCCUGUCGCCCUCCCAAGAAUGUCCUUCUCGUGUUUAAACACCAACUGGGUUUUUUGUUGCUAUUCAUUGAUUGAUCUGAACUGCUACUAUCUAUCUUAGUAUUUAAAAUGACAUUUAAUAAAGUGACCAAAAGGGUGACCACC